AGGAGUUAUCUGAAGAAAAAUGUCUUUCUUAAACCAACUUGCAUCUCUGUUCUACACAAAAGAACCUGACACUACCAGGAAAGAAGCAAAUUAAAAGGAAAGCCAGCCCAUCUGCAGUUCAGAAAAACAAAAACAUGGAGUUUUGAGAAGUGAAGGGUAGCAUGGUGUCGGCCAUGGGUGAUCAGGACACAGCCAGACAAUGUGGACCAAUUUCUUCAAACUACGUCUUUUCUGCUGUCUGCUUGCAGUGUUGAUGGUGGUGGUGCUGGUCGUCAAUGUUACUCAGGUAGAGUACUUGGACAAUGAGACCGCUUCUGCCACAUUCAUCGACAGCAGUGGACAAUUUCUUUCCCCCAAGGUGACAGCAGUUAGCCGGAAUCCCUACUGUGGCUAUGAGCAUCAGGCUCUGUCCACCCGGGAGCGCAUGGAGGAGAACUCCCUGCUGGUGGCUUCAAAGUGGCAGGUGCCCGAGUUGGGCCCUGUGCCCUUUGUGGAGAGCACUGACCCUUCUUCAAGCUACUUUGUCAUCUUGAACUCUGCAGCCUUCUUCAAGGUGGGAAGCCAACUGGAGGUGAUAGUUCAUGUACAGGAUUAUGAAGGAAAGGCCAAGAAGUAUGGUGGUGACUACCUGCAGGCCAGGAUCCACACUCCGGAGCUGCAGGCAGGGGCUGUGGGCAGAGUGGUGGACUACCAGAAUGGAUUUUACAAGGUCUUUUUCACGUUGCUCUGGUCAGGUACAGUUCAUGUGUCCAUAUUGCUGGUCCAUCCCAGUGAAGGGAUCAGAGUCCUUCAGCACCUGCAGGAGGAGAAACCAGACAGGGUCUACUUUAAGAGUCUCUUCCGAUCAGGAAGAAUUUCUGAAACCACCGAGUGCAACGUGUGUCUUCCUGGGGGCCUGCCCCUGUGUAACUUCACAGACCUCUACACUGGGGAGCCCUGGUUCUGUUUCAAACCAAAGAAGCUCCCUUGCAGCAGCAGGAUUAACCAUUUCAAAGGCGGGUACUUGAAGGGCCUCCUCACUUCUGCAGAGAGUGCUUUCUUCCAGAGUGGUGUCAAUAUAAAAAUACCCAUCAAAUCCAGUGGACCUGAUUGGGUGACUGUGCUUCCCAGAAAAAAAGACACUGACAACUCAGAACUAUCUCAAGACUCAGGAACUUUUCCUUCUGGAUAUUAUUAUGAAGACCAGUGGAGGCCCAGGAAGUUCAAGAUGCGCCAGUUUAACGACCCUGACCAAGUCACAGAAUGUUUACAAAGAAAAAUGGUGUAUUUAUUCGGUGACUCAACAAUCAGGCAGUGGUUUGAAUACCUUACUGCAUUUGUUCCAGAUUUAGUGGAAUUUAACUUGGGCAGUCCCAAGAACGUUGGGCCCUUCCUUGCAGUGGACCAGAAGCACAACAUCCUGCUGCAGUACCGCUGCCAUGGGCCCCCCAUUCGCUUCACGACUGUCUUCAGCAAUGAGCUCCGCUAUGUGGCAAACGAGUUGAAUGGCAUCGUGGGAGGGAAGAACACGGUGGUCGCCAUCUCCAUAUGGUCUCACUUCAGCACCUUCCCCUUGGAAGUGUACAUCCGGCGGCUCAGGAACAUUCGUCGAGCCGUUGUCCAGCUCCUGGAUCGAAGCCCUAAGACUGUGGUGGUCAUCCGGACAGCCAAUGUCCAAGAGCUGGGGCCUGAAGUGAGCCUUUUCAACAGUGACUGGUACACCUUUCAGCUGGACACCAUCCUUCGGAGAAUGUUCUCAGGGGUUGGGGUAUAUCUUGUUGACGCCUGGGAGAUGACACUGGCCCACUAUCUACCCCACAAGCUGCAUCCAGAUGAGAUUAUUGUGAAGAACCAGCUGGAUAUGUUUUUGUCUUUUGUGUGCCCUGUGGAGACCUAGCCUGUCCUGGAAAGGACUGGAGGGAUCACACUCGGUGACGCUUCUCCAUCAUUUGCAUUAUAGGCGGUUCAUGGCUGACCCCAUGGAAAUAUUGCUACCAUUGACAUGAACAGAAUUU